AUGCAUGAUAAGAUCAACUAUCAUUGCUCAACACCAUCGGCUGUUACACACAAUCCUAGAGUCAGACGCAGUUUCCACUCAGAAAUGAUGAAUGAUGGGAAUAAUUGGAAUUCACAUGGACACAGUAAUUCCAGAGGCUGGUACCAUCAACCUAGAGAGGUGCCACACUCAGUUCUUCAUGCUACUUCUCAAGAUCAGUACCAGCUUGGUUUUACAGAGCAGAUACCAAUGCCUCCACCAUCAUAUUAUAAAGGAGUUGUUGGAGCUGCUCAAGGUCAUCAACAGUUCCGACCUGCACCAGUCAAACGACAACAGUUUUCAUCUUGUAGAUUUUAUAAAUCCAAUAUUCAUGAUGCUCAAACUUACCAUGAUUUUAAAGUUAUUCAAAAUUUAUUGAUUAAACAAGAUUUUUUCAUUUGUUUGUUCUUUAUAUGCUUCAUUAAAUGUGUUAUAUCCUGUAUUUAG